AUGUCUUUUGCUCUUCCUCAAGUGGCUGCAAACACCCGCCAACCUGAUGCUUCAUUUCGAUCCUUGUCAUUGCCCGUGAAUGAGGAUGAUCCAGAUAUUCGCCAGAAGUACAGGCCGUUCAUCCUUAACGAUGAUGCAACUCAAGACUGGAUCAACGAUUUAGAUUUGGCCACCGCACUCGAUAUGGCCGAGCAGAACCUACGGAAUACAAACAAGAGGUUGAAAGUUCUGGUACUUUAUGGCAGCCUUCGGAGAAGAUCAUAUUCACGGCUAGUGGCAUUGGAGGCUUCUCGUAUUCUGUUCCGAUUGGGUUGUGAUGUACGUGUCUUUGAUCCCCAAGGCCUUCCAGUGAAAAACGACGUCGACACGGAUCAUCCCAAGGUACAGGAGCUCCGAAACCUCAGCCAAUGGAGUGACGGACAUGUCUGGGUUUCGCCCGAACAACACGGCAAUCUGACUGCCGUUUUUAAGAAUCAAAUUGAUUGGAUUCCUCUGAGCACAGGAAGCGUCCGCCCGACCCAAGGCCGAACACUGGCCAUUGCUCAAGUGUGCGGUGGAUCGCAAUCAUUUAAUGCCGUCAACUCCCUGCGUAUCCUUGGUCGGUGGAUGCGCAUGUUUACUAUUCCGAAUCAAUCUUCAAUCCCGAGGGCAUAUACACAGUUCCCGGAUGAGGGUCAAUCCGAAGAUCAACGACUCAUGCCUAGUGGUAACCGAGAUCGUCUGGUAGAUUGCAUGGAAGAAUUUGUCAAAUAUACGAUUGUGAUGCGCCCUCAUAUCGGUCUCUUUAGCGAUCGCUUUAGCGAACGGGAAGAGAAAAGAUUAAAGGAAGCAAAACUGAAUGCUGUUUCAUAA